ACGCACACACACACACUCACUCACUCUCGGGGGCGGCAGGGAAAUGCUUUUGGCCCAGGCAACGCCAGCCAGACAGUAUAAACACGCACCAAAGGCGAAAGGCAGCGUUGGAAGAGAGCAGAACGGCCCCCGUAUUCAAGUCUCGCUUUGGCGAGAGAGAGGUCGGUGGAGCGGACGGCGGCAAUCGGGGCGGCCAAAAAGCUAUUUUUACCCGCGCCUUUUCCGCGCGCCGCCAAACAGGAAACCGCUUCGCCGAAGAUGCGUCGCUCUUCGUACACGCCGGAGCCGCUGAUCGUAGUGGAGGAGGCGAUCAAGGAAGAUGACGAGAAAGAUGCGGAAGGCGCCGUUGGCGGCUCCGAACAUGCGUCCGAGGAGGACUACGACGACGACGUGGCCGACCCGGCACUGCUUUGUCCGUGGCGUGACCCGCGCGAUUUGCGCAAGCGUAGCCUGCCGACACCGUCAUGCACGUCGGGCAUUACGGCGAGCCAGGUGCGGCGGCUGUCCGAGGGCCGCCAGUCUGAAAUCGCCAAGGAGUCGGCCUUCCUGGCCACCCUGACGGCCAACGCGGCGGCCGGCGGCCGCCGCCACUCGGUUACCAUCAGCAAAUUCCCGCCGACGAGCGUGCUGAAUCGCGGCAGGCGCGAGUCGUUCGCCGCCUUCCCCGUCUCAAGGCGCGACUCAGCCAGCUUCAACCUGCACCUCGACAUCAUGGAUGACAUCGCCGAGAUCAAGGGCGCACGCAAAGCCAAGCUGAAAAUCUACAAGACUGACAGCAGGGAGCAGGUUUGCGAGGUGGAGGAGAGCGGUAGUUCGGGUUCACCGGUGCGCUUCCAGGGCAUGUCGGGCAUGCUGCGGUCGCCGGUCGAGUCGCGACGGCACUCGGAGGCGGGCGGACUGGCCAGCCUGGUGCCGCCGGUGGCGGUGCAGCCGAAACGCAAGUCGUCCGAGCAGUUGGUGGUGGGCAACGCGGGCAUCGUGUGCACGAACUCGGACCUGCGCAGCCUGCUGUCCCUGACGUCGUCCGCGCAGGAGAUCAACACGGCUGGUGGAGAGGCCAGUUCGGCGGCCGGACCGGCGGCCGAGGCGGCGGCAGGGGCCGACGAGAAGCGGUCGCGGAUGAAGGACUCGCGGUCGAGCAGCUUUGACGCCACCAUCCUGCAGGACGAGGGCGAGGCGGCCGCCGCCGGCAAGUCGGCCAAGGUGAGCCCGGCGUCGUGGUUCGCCAAGCGGCAUCAGCCGAUGGCCAAGAAAGAGGAGGCGGCCCGGCCGGAGCCGCCCAAGGUCACGUUCACCGAGCCGGAGGCGGCCGGCCGGUCCAAGCGCAGCUUCAGUUGCGUUGAGGCGGCCAAGCGGCUCGUGUGGGACCGGCCCAGCGGCUCCGUGGUCGACGCACAUAUUCUCGGCAGUGCCAUCGAGGACUUCCUGCGCAGGGGCAGCGACUCGGGGCCCACCGGUGGACCGGCCGACCCCAAACAGGACCCCGGCGCCGAAAAGCCAGGCGCCGAGCAGACCGAGGCCAAGCCACAGGACGCGUGCGAGCAGUCUGCGUCGACCUCGUCGUCCAUCUGCUCCACGCUGAAGGAUUUGUUCGUCAAAUAGCUGGGACUGUGACUUUACCAGAAUAACGAUUAGCUGAAUAAGCAGCAGCAGCAGUGCCGAGCGAGUGCGCCCGUGACGCUUUAUUGUUCGUGUGUUCGAGUGCGCGAGUGAUAGAGAAUAAAAAGAGGGCGAGUGUGCGUCUUUCCUGCAAGGUGAUGCAUUUCUGCUGUGAACAGCGUUUUGUCAAGUGCUGCAUCUCGCGCUUUUAAUAGGCCCGAGAUAGAGCAGACGCCGGCUAUGGGUUUAAAUUGGCCAAAUAAAUUACAAACGUCGUAAAGCACUGAUAAUUGAAACUAUCACAGACGAGAUAUAGUAUGUAAAUCCCUCCAUGCAUUUUUUCUCCAUCCUAAAGUCUUUUUAGACUAUUGUUUGAGUAAAAAAUGGAAACAACAAAAUCAUAUUUAAUUCAAUUCUUUUUCAUAAUUUUUGCAAUUCUAAAUCUAAAAUAUUUAAAUACGUUUCCAUCGUUUUGUAAUGAACUUUUAAAGAUCCAGUGUUUUUUUCUAGUACCAACUCGUUGAAUUCGUGUACUCUGUCAUAAUAUGAAUCAGGUUCAUCGGACAAAAUUUUUCAAUUCAACAAUUAAUUUAUAAGCGAUUUCAUGAGAUUUAAAAAUUAUUUAAAAACCAAUUGUUGUUGAGCCAUUUUUACACUAAAAAAAAUCCAAAAUUGUUCCAUCAAGGAUUCGCUUUAAGCGCUGCAUGUAUCAUAGAAAACCUAAUCAUAGUGUACAGCUCAUUAUUCUGCAAUCCAACCAUUAAUUAAUUUUUUCAUUACGCCAAAGUUUUCUUGCUGUUUUAGCUCUUUCCGAAAAACGUUUAAAUUUAAAAAUGCGCGUUCAAGUGUUUCAUUCCUAAUUCUUAAAAGGGAAAUAGAAACCUUGAGUUGACUUGUUAAUCAGCAAAGCAAAUUGGGAGUAACUAUCUCGUACCUUAAACAAACUAUUUAGGUUGCACCUGAACACCUUAACUCGCAGACUCAAUCCAAUGAACUAUUUUCACUUGUUGAUCGGAUCGUUGAUUCAAUCAUUUCGAUAUACUAAUAACUCAAACGCAGAGAAAUAUUUUCUUGCUUUUGAUUUGUUCACCAUUUUUCAUUGAAAAACUCGUUUGUUUCAAAUUUAAGCUAUGAAAAUUAUAUUAUAUCAUCCAGGUUGCCGUUCUAGAUAUCCAUUCGGACCAUUUUCCAGAAACUAUUCCAAGAGCGAGCAUUUGUAGUAAAAAGAUCCCUUGAUGGAAAGACAGUGUCGAGUGGCUGGAAGAUUGACGCUGCAUUAUUGUAUUUCAUAUUCCUCUGUGAUAUACGACCCUAAUUGACCAUUAUAGGAAAGCGUGUUUCCCAAGAUGUUUCUUGGCUUGAUUUGCCACAAAAUAAACCGGUUUCCUCCGCCGGAAACCCGCUAAACCCUACGCACGAAUCCAAAUGAUUAAUAUAUUAAUAAAAAUAGAACGAGACUCGGCGUUUAAACUUUUUGUGGAUUACGCUUGCCACCGCAGGGUUCGUUAAUUUGUGCUUUUGAUUAUCCCUGCCGACAAUCAAAAUUUAUGCUGAUAGGGGAGCGAGCCGCAGAAUCACCUGCUGCCUAUUGGACGCAGAAAGAAUGAAAUGGGGCGUAUAAUAAACCCUCGUACGUUUUCCCUCCGCGCGCGCAGAGUUUGCAAAGCCGACGAGCACUUGUCUAAAAUAUUGACAAAAAUCAAAAAUACCAGGGCCUAAAGUAUUCCACUAAUCAUACACACACUUAUUCUUAUAAAUGGUAUUCAACGGUUAGGCGUAGAAGCGUGGAUCUGGAUUCGUUGCAGGGAAAUAAAUAUAAUUCGAACGCAUAAUUAUGUACCCAUGGUGCGGAAAAUCAGUGCAGAGAACAGUAUAGCAAGUUGAAAUUAAUAAGUAGCGAAAGAGGCGAAAGCUGUUCCCGCGUCCUCAUGUAGCAAUAAUUAACAAUCUCGUAAUGAUUUGGUGUGUAGAGCUUUUCUAUAGUGCGUAGAUCCGCCCUCUAUGACGUUAUCGUGUAAUAGAGAAGCGUUUCAAAAUUGCGAUGCUUGUCACUUAUCAUAAAAGAGUAAAUAAAAAGUUUGUUGUUCCAUCAAAAAGGAAUAAUAUAAAGUGUUGCUGUUAAUACUAAAAACAAAAUAAUUAGAAAAGAAUGAAAAUUUAUAAAUAGAUAUUCUUUUGGCAGUAGAAUAUCGAAAAAUAAUAUUUUAUUGCUGGCAGUGAUCCACAAAAUUGAAAGAGAUAAAACUUAACAAUUCCAACGUUGCACUGAGAGUAAAUGUUAUUCCAGCGUUUUAAAAAUUGCAAAAGAUGCAGAUUCAUAUCGAGGAACCUCUUGGCUGUUAUAUAAUUACGUGUAAAUUAAAAGUAGCGAACUUUUCGCACGACUCGCGCGUUCAAGUGUAUACUAUUUAAUGUGUUGUGGUAUGUCAAAUGUCGCUAACCAUUGUUUUAGUGUCUUAAAAAGCAAAAUUUUCUAAAAGGAUGGUCCUGUUUUAUGAUUGCACUUUCAUUUUUGUAAAUACAAAAUAUUCUUUGUCUUCAUCCGAUUUGAAAUGACAAUAUAUUGAAAAUCAAUGAUUAAUGAAAAUCGUGUUCCGCGAGCGGAUGUUGUAUUCUUAACAAAAUCAAUAAAUGUAAAUGUUUUAAAUGUGUUCCCCUGCACUAUUUGUUGACUACAAAUUGCUUAUAUUUUACAAAUAAACAGUCGAUAGAUGUACGUGUCUGAGAAUUGAGAGAAAUAAAGAAGAGAAUUUCCGCAUGUACAAUUCA